CAGAAACUUCAUAGAACAUUGAAAGUCUCAUGCUUCGGUAGCAAACAUGAUCACAAGAUUCAUCACUGAAGUCUCAACAGUCUUCAAUCCCUUCUCUCCCAAAGCCAAAACCGCACGGUUAUUUCUCUCAGUUCUCCCACCAAAUGCACGACAGACCAUGAAGAUCGAUACAAAGAUACUACCCAGAGCAUCUAAAGAGCGGAGUCUUGUGCGCCUUAAGUUUAAGGAUGGAAAAGAGAUGAAGUUGGAUGCAGAGAAGCUCGGUAUUAGAGGUGUAUCUGAUGAAGUGGAUAGGCAUUCACGAAUUUUGGCAAGGCAGGAGGAAUUGACCGGAAACUGAUGAUAUAAUGCUAGAAUGUAUAUUUAUUGCAUGUGGGAGGCGUUUUCAAGGUCGUAUGAUUAACAAUGUCAUACUUUCAACAAGCACGGAGUGUCUAUAUGUGAAGAUAAUAUACGUGUUCUAGGACUUUAUACGUCUCUCAAUCCAUGUCGAUAUUUCAUGAGAUGGAUGGCUAAGGCCUAUCCAAGGAUUAGAAGGAAUAGUCUACAAGUCAGAAAGGUUGAAGAUAUUACGGCUUAGCAGGGAGCAAUACUGGGCGACUAUAAACGCUCAACGGUCCUACGGGUCUCCAGUUUUGGGUAUCAAAAUUACAUCAAAAAUCAAUGCGAAGACAAACAAUGUUCGUUUAUCAACGUAAUGAUACGU